UUUAAUUCUUCACAAUAAUUAAUUAUAUAGUAUGUAAUACUAAAUGUUCUAUAAUCAAAUAUUUCGAGAACUAACUGCGACUUUUGAUUUGUCCGUUGAGUAAAGCGAUCCUCCUACCUGUUAUCUUUCUAUUAUCAUAGCAAAAUGAAACUUCUGUAUACUAUUUCUUUUUAAGAGAAUUUGUCUACAGUUUACACACGUAUAGCUUUAUGAUGUUGAAUGCGAAUGGUGUUUCCGUUUUAAAAUAGAGUCGAUGCAUGCAAUGUUAUUUAUCGUGCUAUUAGGGGGACCGGAAAGUUAUGUCGUUUGUUUACAUUAAAUUCAAGUAACAAGGUUUAUAGUGGUGUUCAUGACGUUCAUGAAGAUUCUACUAUAACAUUUGUACAUUAAGUUAGGUUAGAGCAUUCUGUGACUGUGGGUUCAUGGGUUGUGUAUAUAAUUCGGUUUUUGCGUUUUAUGUAGUAUCAAUCUGUUAUACUGCAAAGUAUGAUUGAUUCUACGAGUCUACCGUGUAAUUCAUCGUUUGGUUAUAGGAUCAUUUAUUAAUAAUGUUUGCAUACAAAAAUACAUGUAUAAGGUUUUGAAAAAAAUAUAACCUUCAUUUAAAUAUUUUCUUUGAUUUUCUUGCGCUGAUUUGUGCCCGAUGAGUGAAUUGUUGUAAAAAGAAGAUGUAUAAACUGUUUAUUUGUAAAACAUUCGUUGAAACAUGCUACAAACAGUCAUUGUUUUAUUCAACAAAAUGUAAUAUUCGUGAAAUAUUGACUACUCAGUUGGGUUUAGACCAUAACACCAUGGAGAAUAUUCUUCGAGAUAAAAACUAUAAUUUCGAUACAUUAUCGGAACAGAAUAUUACUAAAAAUUGUAAAAUUCUUAAGGAUCUAGCAGUGGAAAUGCAGAAUACCAAUUUCUUAAUAGAUUGCUUAAAACUCGAGCCUAGAAUCUUAACUAAUAGAAUCCUACUACUUGAAGAAAUUGGUGUUACAACUGUAUCUUUGGAUCAUAUUUAUGGGUUUUCAUCAUCAAUGCGUAAAACAUUAAAAUCAUUUAAACAACGAUACAACAUGCCACCAGAAACUGAUAUAGUAAAAAACAUGCUCAACAGUGUUGGAAAGUCUCCAUUAUCGUCAAAUGCAUUAAAAUUGCAAGGGCGUGCCAAAACAGCAGAUUAUUACAUACUAACUAUGACAUAUUACAAAACAUUUUACCUCAAAGUAUACAACAAACCUCUUCUCAGUAGUGCUGUAUUCAAGUACCAAAGCUUCAGACAACUUACUGGGUUGGUGGACAUUCUUAAAACCAAAUUUCAAAUUGAUAAGGACUUUCUAGAUAGGCAUCCUUUCUUAUUAACCUUGCAUCUAGAUGAUGUAAAUCAUUUUUUGAAUGAAUUUGAGGAUAUAAAAAUUCAUGGAGCAAGCAUGGUUGAUCUAGUCAAAAAGUUUCCACGUCUUUUGCAAUACGAUAUAUCUAAUAUUAAGGCACUCAGAGCUCUUUUUGAAGAAUUAAAUGUACAGGAACAUGCAGUGUAUUCUAAUUUACAGAUUCUAGGCAUGGAAAAAGAUUCAUUUGUGAAAAGGUACAAAACAAUUGCAAAUCAUCCUGAACUUAGUGUGUGGUUGAAUUAUUCGAAGAUAUUCCAUUUAAUUAUUGCAUAUAAGUCUACUAAGGAGAAAAUUGAUAUUCUCGAAAGCACGAACCGUAUGAAUUCGGUUUCUUUUUAUGCAAUCUAUUCUUCAAGAAAGAUUUUUUAUAGAUCUAUCGAGCCAUUGACACAUCCUCGGGUGGCUAGAAAGAAAUAUUUGCAAUUCUUAUUGAAUGAAGCAUUUGGAAAGGAUGCAAUGCAAUGUGUCUCUUCUAUAACGAGACAUCCUCAUUGGAAAAACAUACCAUUUAGUGUUAUGUACAAAAUGAUAAUUUACUUAAAAGAAAAUUACACGCUGGAAGACAUACUGCCUAAUAUUCAUCUCAUACUCUAUCCAUUGUCCACAGUUAAGAAGAUGAUUGAAACAGUCGACAAGGAAUAUAGUUUACGAAAUAAACUGGACUACACAAAUAGUCAACGCCUAGCAUUAUGUUUGUACAUGUUAGAGAAAUCUUAUCAUUUCAGUGGCGAUGCCGUUUGGAAAACAUUGUAUCCUGAGGAGAGCUCGAACAAAACCAAUCUUGAAAAUCUUGAAACCAAUCUUGAAAAUUCAGAGGAAUGUUCAUAUAAUGUUAAUACGAUUGAUAAAGGAUUCAACCCAUAUAUGAAAAAGCUUUGAUUAUUAUAAUGGUAGAAAACAUGCGAUAUUCUCAGAAAUUUUGUUUACAUCUUAUCAAUUUUUGUUGGUUUAUUCAAAAUCAUGUUCGUACACAAAUGAAAUAUUAAUGUAGCAGAUUUCUCGUGA